GUGCGGGUUGUUGUUGGUAGUGGUGAUAGCAAUGAUAUGUGCGAGGAAAUUGAUUUUACAUAUAUAUUUUGUCUUCAUUCAUUCUAUUUUUCUUUCUUUAUUCAUUUAUAAUUAAAUUAGGAUCAUAUUUUGCCACUCUAUCUAGCAACACAACAAAAUUCUAAGCGAUUAAGGAGAGAGAGGAAGAAAACCCAGCUGUAAACUCUACAGAAAUGUCCACCGGAGCCCCCACCAGGGCCUCCGCCUCCUUGCGCGGAUGUGUGUGCUGCCUUUUUCUCCUCUUUUCGUUUCUUGCUCUAUUAAUCCUUGCUAUUAUCCUUGUAAUUGUACUGGCUGUGAAACCGAAGAAACCACAGUUCGAUCUCCAGCAAGUGAGUGUUCAGUACAUGGGAGUUAGCCCCACCACCCCCUCCUCCGCCGCCGUCUCUCUCACUAUCCACAUGCUUUUCACCGCCGUCAACGACAACAAGGUAGGCAUCAAGUACCGUGAGUCCAAGUUCACAGUAAUGUACCGCGGUAUCCCUCUGGGUAGGGGCAUCGUUCCCGGGUUUUAUCAACCUGCCCAUAGCGUCCGGCAGGUCGAGACUACUAUUGCCGUCGAUCGGGUUAACUUGCUUCAAUCUGAUGCUGCUAAUUUGAUAAGGGAUGCCUCGUUGAAUGACAGGGUCGAGUUGCGGGUCGAAGGUGAUAUCGGUGCAAAGAUCCGGAUUCUUGGGUUCACUUCACCUGGUGUGCAGGCAUCGGUGGAUUGUGCAAUAGUGAUCAGUCCUAGAAAGCAAGCUGUAACGAGCAAGCAGUGCGGAUUCGAUGGCCUCAGCGUAUGAGCCCCGUCCAGUCUGAUGCGAUUUCCGACUCUUCUUAAAUCUCUUUUCCUCUCUCUGUCUCUCUGUAAGUAGAGAGGGAGAUGGAGAAUUUACCAAGUUAAGAGUUCCACCGCCACCGCCACCGCCAAGCACUGACGCACAUUGGUUUGGGCGGAAUUCUUAGGAAAGCAUAACCUCUAAAGUGUGAAAUGUAGAAAAGUUGAGACACUAUUAUUAUAAGGAGAUAAGUUUUGGUGUGUGAUUGUUGUAUACCCACUCCCACUCCCUUUGACUAUUAUCAUUGCCACGUUAGAAGAGAGAAUUUGAUGCCAUUGCCUUCCUAAUCAUGCUAUUUGUACAAACUUAGUUGACAAAUUUGGUUUACAAAUUACGUGUUGACAACAUUUAAGUCAACCAUUUCAAAAAUGGUUUUUGAAAUCAAUGAAAAUCAAUGAUUUAAAUCU